UUCUAGGUAUUGUUAUCCCUUCAACUCGUCUUUUUCCUUUCAUAAGGUACAGGAAAAUCCACGUACACGCCAUUUUCAUGCCAUGUAAGCCAAAAGCUGUUGAACAUCUGAGGUGGAUAGUCACAAGAAGACAACAUAUGCACCGAGGGAAAACGUACAAGAUAAAAUUCGGGGUUUAAUUAAUUGUCACUGAGUGAAUAAAAACGGGCGUUUUCACUCUCACGUCAAUACAAAACAAGCAUCCACAACAACCUCCGCCUUUCCCAUUGCUCCUAAAUUCAGAAGAUCAAGGCACAGAGAUUGGAGACUCAGGAGAUGGGAUCCGAGGGGCCAAAGUCAGUUAGGAUCAACGUGACUGGGUUCAAGAAAUUUCACGGGGUUGAUGCGAAUCCCACUGAAACCAUUGUAAAAAAUUUGAAAAAUUAUGUGGACAGCAGAGGGCUACCACCCGGUGUUACGUUGGGAACUUGUGCUGUUCUUGAAACUGCUGGAGAUGGGGCAGUUUCCGAGCUCUACAAGGUAUUGGACUCGGGGAUCUCCAGUAGGACCAAUUCCAGCAACGAAAAGGUUGUGUGGGUAAGUCAGAAUUCCUUUGCUUGCAGAAGAAUAAAUCACGAUACAUUUGGAAGCUCAUGCCGACUUCACCUUGGAGUCAGUAAGGGGGCAUUGAAGUUUGCCCUCGAGCGUCAAGCAGUAAAUGAAGCAACUUUCUGCUCUCCAGAUGAGCUUGGAUGGCAACCUCAGCAACUUCCCGUGAUCCUUGGUGAUGGAGGAAUUUCUCAGACAAGAAUGACAUCUUGCCCCAUUGAGGCAAUCUUCGAGUUCUUGAAGAGGAAGGGCUAUGAUGCAAACAUAUCAAAUGAUGCAGGCCGAUUUGUGUGCAAUUUCGUGUACUACCACUCCCUCAAGUUUGCAGAACAGAAAGGCCACAAAUCGCUAUUUGUCCACAUCCCUCCCUUCUCUAGAGUCGAUGAAAAAACUCAAAUGCAGUUCAUAGUGGAACUUCUAGAGGCUAUAGCGUCAACCUAUUGAUUUCAAUCACUUGGAUGUAACUAGUUGUUGCUCAUAGUCUUCUGGUUUUCUGGAUUCGAAUGCUUAGUCUUAAAUAAAGUCGCAUUUUACGUGCUAA